UCUCUCCUUCCUUAUUAAUGGACCUCUCCUUUCUCCAUUCCCAAGUUGCCAUCUUUUCAUCCCUUCAUCUCCUUCCUUGCUUCAAUUCCUCUUCUUUCUCAGCCAAACCAUGGGUAGAGGAAAGAUUGAAAUCAAAAGGAUUGAGAACUCCACAAACAGGCAAGUCACCUUCUCCAAAAGAAGAAAUGGGAUCAUUAAGAAAGCCAGAGAAAUCAGUGUUCUUUGUGAUGCUCAAGUCUCUGUUGUUAUUUUCUCCAGUUCUGGCAAGAUGUCUGAGUAUUGUAGUCCAUCCACAUCGUUGUCUAAGAUGCUGGAGAAGUAUCAGCAGAACUCAGGGAGGAGGCUCUGGGAUGCUAAGCAUGAGAAUUUGAGUGCAGAGAUUGAUAGGGUGAAGAAGGAGAAUGAUAACAUGCAGAUAGAGCUUAGGCACUUGAAAGGAGAGGAUUUGAACUCUUUGAACCCAAAAGAGUUGAUUCCAAUUGAAGAAGCUCUGCAGAAUGGGCUCACUAAUGUCAGGGAUAAGCAGAUGGAUUACUUGAAGAUGCUAAAGAAGAACGAAAGCUUGCUGGAAGAGGAGAACAAAAGACUCAGCUAUAUUUUGCAGCACCAUCAGCAGAUGGCCAUGAAUGGCAAUGUGAGAGACAUGGAGCUUGGAUAUCAUCAAAAGGACAGGGACUAUCCUUCCCAGAUGCCAAUGGCUUUCAGAGUGCAACCCAUCCAGCCCAAUUUACAGGAAGACAAGCAGUAAUAAAUAGUCUCUUGUAUUCAUGUAUUAAAUUUCUGCAGAAAUAUGUGGCCUGAACUUUCACUUUUGUGUAAUUUCAGUACUCUCUCUGAACUCUGUCAAAUGAAUUUAAUUUGUUGUUUGUCUGAUGCUCUAAAUCUGCAGAUAUAUUCACAAUC